AUGUCAUUUGGAAUCGCAAAUCGGUCAAAUCAGAUAAGCUUCCUGCCCGGGCCAAACCACCCUGACGCGCGCCCCGGCACUCGUUUUGGUCCGCCCCCGCUCUGUUUGUGUUCCAAAGUCAGUGGUCGGAUGUUCGAAACAAUCCACGGCGAGGGAGAGCUGUUUCUAAUUGUGUGGACCGGUGUGCAACCUUGA